AUGGAGCAGCCCAAGCUGGCCAAGGUGGAGAAGGUUCUCGGUCGCACGGGCAGCCGUGGCGGCGUGCAGCAAGUGCGUGUUACUUUUAUGACGGAAGACUCCGAUCUUCAGGGUCGUUCUCUGAUCAGGAAUGUCAAGGGUCCUGUCAGGGAAGGCGAUAUUCUGGCCCUGCUCGAGACGGAGCGUGAGGCUCGUCGUCUACGCUGA